AUGGCAGAACAAAUACAACCACCCCAAAAGAAGCGCAAGCUGAAUUCAACCUCUUCCAUCAUUCCUGAAGUACGCAACAUGUUAUACAAAUAUGCAGCAUUACCAGAAGACACCGAGCCAGAGAAAAGAACAUUCACUACGAUCAACGAUGAUGGAAUGAUCACGGAGUCAGACGCUGCCCGAAGUUUCUUUAUCGACAAAAUCACUCAAGAUGGCACAAGUGAGCUGUUUGCCAAGCCUAUCACCAAAGUUUCCGAGCUCACAGAAGAGGUCCUUACGCUGGUCAUGCCCAAGAUUUUGUUUCAAGUCAGAAACCCCAAAGACCUUGAGGGAUUUGUAGAGCUGUUCGCUGCCCAUUUGGGUGUAUGCAACUUGGUACCAGAGCUCAAUCUUGAGAUUGAUUUUACUUGGUCUAUGGAAGAGGACCACACUGCUGAAUUGGGAAAGUUGGAGGAGAUUACGGUUCCGCACGGCAGAGGUUUCAUGAGCAAGUACGUGGAAGAGUGGUUGAGCAUGCUCGCUAUGUUCCCGGAUUCCGAGAGUAUCCAAAUCCAUCUCGUCUUUUCAAAGAUUUGGAGAGACUUUCGAGAGCUUCGAGGACUAUGCAAGAAAUUUGGCAUCAGCAACCGUACAGUCACGUUCCAGUUCUCCGAUCAAGAUGCGCACUUCUACAAAGCUCAGACUAUGGCAGCAGUGAAGGACGUAGAGACCGAGGAGCAGAUUAAUAUCAGUGUCAAAAGAAGAGAGGAACUGGUAAAUCUGGGCUGUAGAGGUUUCAACCAAGUCAGACGUAGUCUGAACGCCUAAGGGGAUGGAAGGGGGGUGGACUUGAGAGACGAAUGGACGACAGUGACCCUAGCAUGACUUCAAUAGGGCUGAGAAAUCAAGUCAAUGGACUGGCAGUUGCG